AUGUCCUUGGUCCAGCAUUUGACGAGUGUGGAAGGUGUGGAUCGGGAGCGAGACGAAGACCUUGAUGUUGCAAGCCUGAUCUUGACCAAAAGCCUUAGCCAUAAGAUCAGCUACGAUCUUCUACCCAGACAUACGGCUUUGGAACACGUUCCGGAGGUCCUCGACAGCGCUCCUGCCUACGAAGUAUCCACCACCAGAAGGCUUGCACAGGUCUUUGUCGGAUGCAUCACUUGCAUCCUGGCCUCGGGUAUCACAUUCGGGUAUGCAGCAUUGAAGUCUGUACUGGUCAAUGAAGAAGUGUAUAGAGAAUUAUGCACCCAGCAGGAGCUUAGUAAAGGGGUACCAAUAUGCUAUUUGCAGGACCAAAGGCUCAACCUCACCUUUAUCGUUGCUUCCGUAACUACAAAUAUGGGAGCUCUACUCGUCGGCACUACCCUCGAUCGUUUCGGCCCUCGAGUAUGUGGUUUAAUUAGCAGUGGACUUCUUGUCAUCGGUACCCUUUUCAUGGCCUUCGCCACCAGUCUGCCCUUUGAUGCAUUCAUUGCCAGCAGUUUCUUUCUUGCGCUUGGCGGUACAUUCAGCUUCGUUCCGUCCUUCCAUCUAUCGAACGCGUUCCCUCGCUACCAGGGUCUGAUCUUAGCACUAAUAACAGGCUCUUUCGAUGCCUCUGCUGCUGUCUUCCUGGGGUUUCGAAUCCUGUAUGAAGCAACAGAAGGUGUUUUUGGUUUACGUACCUUCUUCCUCAUCUACCUCAUAGUACCAAUUUUCGUUGUCUUGACUCAGCUCUUUCUGAUGCCUUCGCGGAGCUAUGAGACCAGAACUGAGCUUGAGGCAGAGGAAGAAGUGGCAGCAGAUCCGACUACCGAUGUUCAUGAUUCCGAUGACGAGAUUCAGGACGAAGCCGAGCUUUGGAAGUUACGUGGCAACCGCUCUGUGCGUCGCAGACAGUCCUUGGCUGAAAUCAGAUCACUUCUCGGUACCCCAGCCGAGCGGGAAGUCCACGAAAAGAAGGAAGAAGAGAAGAAGGAGGCUUCAGGUGUCUGGGGUGCGCUCCACGGCAUUCCAGCCUGGAAGCAAAUGCAGACACCCUGGUUCAUCUUCAUCACAUUGUUAACCGUUCUACAGAUGGCACGAUUCAAUUUCUUCAUCGCCACAAUCUUCACCCAAUAUGACUACAUGCUUCAGAGUAAAGCGUUAGCAACACAAGUCAACAACUUCUUCGACAUCGCCCUGCCACUCGGCGGUAUCAUCACCGUACCAUUCAUCGGCCUGAUCCUCGACAAUGUCAGCACCGUCGUCGUCCUCGCACUAAUCGUUCUCAUGAGCACCGUCAUCGGCGUCCUAGGCGCCAUGCCAACCCUUGGAGCAGCAUACACAAACAUUUGUCUCUUCGUCGUCUUCAGACCACUCUACUACAGCGCCAUGUCCGACUACGCCGCAAAAGUAUUCGGCUUCGCCACGUUCGGCACAGUCUACGGCACGAUCAUCUGCUGCUCAGGGGUAGCUAUCUUCUGCCAGUCGGCACUGCAGGCGAUCGUGCAUUCUCAGUUUCAGGAAGACCCGGGUCCAAUGAAUCUGUGGCUGGCGGGUAUUGGGCUUAUCGUGGGGAUAAGUCUGGUUAUGUAUGUGGAUAUGGCAGGGAGGGUGGUGAGGCAGCAGCAUGCAGAUGAGGAUGAGCGGAGAAGUGUGAGAAGCGUUAGAGUUGCGAGCAGGAGACCAAGCAGGAGUAGUAUGCAUGUGGCGCCUGAUGAAAGGAGGCCACUUUUGACGGGUUCGAUGAGAGGGUUAUCGACGGUGCAAGAGAGGGCGGAGCUAGAGGAAGAGGUGGUGAGUAGCAUAUAG